CUUUCUGGCGAUCCAACAUCCGUUUGUUGGAGACCAGCGCCAGCGCAUAGCAUACCCGAGAAUCUCCCAGGCUUGUCGCGGCCUGCCAAUCUGUCGCAUCUUGAGUUCUCUGUUGCUUUUUGCGUCCCUGAGCAAUCAUGCGGCCGUAUAAUACCCGUCACAAGACGCUGUCGCUGCACUCGCUGGGCAUCCAUGUGCCCGGGUCCAACGCGAGCCGCGCACCGACGAACCGACCCUCAUCCAACGGUGCCUCACCCGUCUCGAUGGCUUCGCCUGCAUCACCUUCAAAAGAGAGCCAACCUCCACCAAAGAGGUUAAAGCGCGCCUACAGCGAAUCCUCAGACGAUGCCCCCUCACUGGAGCACAUGCGCAAGAAGCGCGACGACGCGGCCAAUCUCGAGAACACACCGCCGCCGUCACCGCCCGCCGAGCGCCCUUCGAUCGAAACUGACGGGGACGAGAACGCGGCGACAAAACAAAUUGAUAUGGAGGGAAUCAACGAUGAAAUCGUCGAAGCGGUCAUCGUUCAGCUGCAAGAUUCGGGGAACCGGCCCCAUCUGGUGAAGGAGCUCGCAGCGGUCUUGAUUCAGCGUCUCAAGAUCGUCCAACAAUCUGCGAACCCGUGCGCCAUCAUCUCUUCGCGGCUUGCGUCCUACCUCAAGCGACCGGGCUGGUCCGCGCUCUCACCAUGUCCGCUGGGCAAGGAACUCGAAUCAGCCCACCCGCGCCGCACCUACUUCUACCUGACGACUUGCCCACGCCAGCCGCUGCCGGAGCCCGCGCAGUCAUCGGCGCUGAGCCAGCUCGCGCACAACCGCAGCAUCGUCUCGCCAAGCCCGUCGAGCGCGCCGUCCGUAUCGGCGGAUGAAUCCGACACGGAAAGGCGGCGUGAGCUCAGCCCGAGCCCGGAGGUUGACCUUUCAAGUCCGGAGUUUGACGACAUGGAUGACGACUUCGCCAUGCCCAGCACCCCCAUCGGCUCCUACCCCAUGCACGGCUUCUACAUGCCGCCCCGCCCCAUACACAGCGGCUCCGGCCGCCACGGGCGCGCGGGGUCACCUCCGCUGGAGAAGGACGAGAAGGAAUUCACGCAGACGGCCGAUGGCCUACAGAAGAGGAAACUCAACGGCGACCUGGCGCCGUCGAGCAACGCGCCGCCCGUCGAGCAGCAGACGGCGAGCUUAUUGGAUCUCGAGAGAGACGAGAGCUCCCUGUUUGCCGUCAUGAGCGGCCUGCCGCCCUCGUUUGUCUCCAGCCCCGCCAUCCGGCCAUCCACCAUGUCCCUCGGCCUUGGGAGAAAGGACAGCGACGUGGACGGCUGGGCCAAGCUUGAUGGCAUGCUGGAGUGGGACCGCAGCCCCGAAAACAUUGAACUCGAGGAGCUGGAUGGGCUAUUGGACGACUACUGAGCCGUCGGGGUCGGUCAAUUCUCACCUGCCGUCCCCCCGCGAAGCGUGUGUGUGGUCGUCGGCCCUGGCUGAUGAUGCUACGCCAUGUACGAUGACGAAAGCUGGGCGGGUGGUUCCGCCAGCUUACGAUGUUUAUUUUUAUUUUUUUCUUUCCGUGACGAUUUAAUACGUUUGCCGCUCA